AUGACAGUGAAAACGACACGGAAAACAUUCGAUCCGUAUAUUAUUCUCAAAACACGUGACUUGGUUAAACUUUUGGCAAGGAAUGUGCCGUUUCCUCAAGCUGUAAAAAUUCUUGAUGACGAAGUCGCAUGUGACAUUAUAAAAAUCGGAAACAUUGUUCGCAAUAAGGAACGAUUUGUCAAGCGUCGACAACGAUUAAUUGGUCCGAAUGGGUCGACGUUAAAGGCAAUCGAACUUCUCACGCAAUGCUAUAUAAUGGUUCAAGGCAACACCGUGUCCGCGAUGGGCCCGUACAAAGGAUUGAAAGAAGUGCGACGAGUUGUUGAUGAUUGUAUGAAGAAUAUUCACCCUAUUUAUUACAUAAAGGAACUAAUGAUAAAACGCGAGCUUGCCAAAGAUCCAAAACUAAAAAACGAGUCAUGGGAUCGAUUUUUGCCACACUUUAAGAAGAAGAAUGUGAAGCGACAAAAGAGACCUAUUGUCAAGAAGAAAGAGUAUACGCCUUUCCCACCACCACAGACUCCGAGCAAGAUUGAUUUACAACUGGAAUCCGGUGAAUACUUUCUUAAAGCCCCGGAAAAAGCAGCGCGUGAGAUGGAGAAAAAGAAGGAAAAACAACGAGAAAACACGCUCAAACGCAAAGCGGAACGAGAAAAAGCAUUCAUUCCUCCUGUGGAAUCAUCAUCGAAAAGAAUGAAACGUAAAACCGACGAGUAG